AUGGCGGACGUCUUCAGCGGGCGGAUCCUUGUCAACAAGGAUGGGGAUACGGUGGAGCCCGAGGAGGUGCUGCAGAACAAAGUGGUGGGGUUGUACUUUUCAGCAGGCUGGUGCUCCCCUUGCAGGGACUUCACUCCGCUCCUCUGCGACUUCUACACGGAACUUGUGGAAGAAACCCACCCGCCAGCCCCCUUUGAAAUAGUCUUUAUCUCCUCUGAUCGCAGCCCCGAGGAGAUGGUAGAUUAUAUGCACGACAUGCACGGGGAGUGGUUGGCCCUACCUUUUCACGACCCCUUCAAACAUGAUUUGAAGAAGAGGUAUAAUAUCACAGCCAUACCCAAGCUGGUGGUAGUGAAACAAACUGGAGAGGUCAUCACCAGCAAAGGACGGAAACAAAUUAGAGAACAAGGCCUCUCCUGCUUCCAAAACUGGUUGGAGGGAGCUGAUAUCUUUCAGAAUUUUUCUUCCUGA